AUGUCUGGUUCCGGGACACCUCCAGGACAGCGCCUCUCAAUUCAGAGCCCUUAUUUUUCAGGACUUACAUUUGACACAAAUGAAAACCAGAAUCGAUUCAGCGACCCCGAACUUGAUGUCGGCGACAGCCUUCUUCUCGCUCUCUCAGCCAACCUGCCCCCCAACCUGAAUAUGACUGUUGAUUCAGUGCUCACGCAGUUUGGUAUACUCCCAGAGCACCGCCAGAACCAUGAACUCGUCUCAGACGUUCUCCAAGCCUUGGGCAGCAGCCUAUCGCUGACCCUGGAUGCUAGCCAGCAGCGGAACGCCAUGUGGUUGACACCCGGGACAGCUUUCAGGAGUGAUACAGCGCUUUGUUUUACUCUCAGUCCGUCCGACGACAUCCUCGAACGGUUGAAGAAAGCAGUUUUCACGAUGUUCAACUUUCAGCUUCCGCACAUGAGCCUGAUGAUUUACCUUCAACGUACCUCAUUUGGAACCCAGUUCUCGGACAGUCAUAACAAUUUUAGUUGGAACAUAUCAAGUUCGUACAGCCUCACGUUCAAACUGGCCAUCAAAUCGAGCGCAACUUCGAAUACAGACCUACUCGAUAUCUGGCUGAACUUGACCCUGGCGGGUACGAGCUACUCGAUCACCCAAAGUAGCAACGGAGAUUUCUGGUCCGGUCUGGCGUCGAUUGGUGGUGACAAUCCUGGCCCGUCCGUAAUGCCAGUCUCGAAAGAGAUCCUAUCCGAUUUUGUACCGGUCAAGAUGUCGCUGGGGAAAAACGCACAAGGGCAAAACUGGUGGGGAGUCACUAUUAUCUUGCAAUGGAAGAACGAUCAUGAUGACGGUAGUGCCCCUGUACAGCUGUAUUUGACUUAUGACUCGGAGUCGUCGACCAUCAGUGGCGGCCUCGUAUCCUUAGGAUUCUACGCAUCAGCGCUGGACCGCAAAUUGAACACGUACCAGAUUGGAGAUGAUCUUGAUGCCCCAGAAAACCAACAACCGCCCCCUCAAUUUUGGGAUGUUACGAAGCUUUCCAAGGUUCUCGACUCUUUGCCGAAGGGCCUGCCAACUGCGAUUGCAUUAGCUUCAGUCUCGUAUUCCAACAAUUCUCUAUUCUUCGCGGCUCAAUUGGUCAACCCUUCGCCAUACACACCCGAUAUACCAUUUCCCAUCACAUGGGACUCUCUAGAAGUCGAGAUCAUCAAAUCUGCUUCAACGUUCGAUUGGACAGCCGGGACUUUGUUCACCUUACACCCUCGACCUGAUCUCGACGAGACGCCCUACCCACCUGCGACACUGGUAAUUGACGUGAGUUAUACCGGGGCCCCUAAAACGUGGCAGCUUAGUGGGCAUGUCGAAAACCUUCAAUUUGGGAUUCUUGCUGGCUACUUUCCCGCAGGCUUGGAGAGGCCAAUGCUGGCUGUUCUGGGAAAGCUGGCCAUCAAUUCUCUUGAUGUUGCCUACACCUUUGGCGCAGCCAAUACUCCGUCCAGCAUGUACAUGACAGGCGAUAUUGUGAUAGCUGGCCUAGAAUUGAUAUUCAAUUACCAAUACGCAAGCAGUGCAGAAGAGAACCCGGCAGCCUCCAAAGUCGGCAUCGCCUCGGGCAGGCUCGACAAGUCCGAUUUGCUAGUCGUCAAGCCUGAGGCAAAGGACAAUCCACAUGUGGACUGGAGCUUCGAGGCAUACCUUGGGUCAUCUCAAACUGGCUCCAACAUUGGGUCGAUUGCAGAUUCUAUCGUAGACGGCGCCUCGGGAGUAUUACCCGAUUUCGUCAGCUUCAUCAAAAUUGAUCCACCAGCUCAAGGCAAAAGUGCAGUAUCACUGAAGAUUUCAAAGACAAUCGAUGGUGCUAAAAAGAAAAUUCUUUUCGGCCUUAACAUCACAAUCGGAUUGUUUCAGGUUACAUUUGUCCAAGUUUGUGGAGAUGGACAAGAGGACAAAGCAAAACAGUUGCUGCGAGUCUCGGUGGACACCCUUCCGGGAGUCAAAGACAUACCAAUGGUGGAAGAGCUCACACAGCCUUUCCAGAAGCUCGAAUAUCAUUGGGUUAGGGAUAAAAAUGGUUCGGGUGGCUCUGGAGGAUUCACCGAGGCAGAAUUGCAAGCCAUCAAUACCAAAGUGUUGCCCACUUGGGGUGGCAUCAUGUACAAGUCCACAACCUCUGAACGGAAAGAGGUCGAUGGAAAUGUAGUCGAUCAAACCGGUUCAACAGCCAAAGCUGCGGCUAUUGUCAUGGCUGCUGGGCAUCACUUUGUUGUCGUCGAGAACAAUGUGGCCGUCUUGGAUCACUGUUUCAACAACGCAAAGUCCGGGGAGCAACCCAAGGGACCUGCAAAAGAACCCUCAUCGACCAAAGGAUCAGAAGCAUCGGGAGGGGCCACCGAUUCGUCAGAGAAGGACGAAGACCCUCAGCCUACAAAAGGCACUCUGCAGAAGAAGACCCAGUUUCUUACCAUCAGUGGGCUUGCCCUUCAGUUCAAGAGUGGGUACUUGUGGAUCACUCUUGAUGCAAAUGUUACUCUAGGUCCCAUGAGUGUCAGUCUACUCGGCCUGGGAAUAGGUGUACCCAUGUCGGCAGUCAAGCUCGAUAAGCUGUCCUCCUUGGCACCAGAUGACCUGAAGAAGCUGAUUGCCGGUAUCAAAUCGCAGUUGCAUGGGAUGGCUCUCACUUUCAAUAAGCCUCCAAUUCUGAUCGCCGGUGUUUUCGAUCACGACACCACAGUCGAGAAUGGUCAGACCCGAGAUUACUACCGAGGAGGAUUGGCUAUCACGGUUCCACCAUAUAGGUUCAUGGCCCUUGGCGAGCACUCGGUCGUCACUAAAGGCACGACGAAGUACAAUUCUGUUUUCAUGUAUGGCAGAUUGGAUGGUCCGAUUCUCACAUUGGAAAUUGCCAGCAUCAAGGGGAUACGCGUUGGUUACGGGGUUAACACAAUAAUAAGGCAGCCAGCUGGAGACGAACUCUACAACUUCCCUCUGAUUGCGGACACUGGAGCUAGCACUGCGGGCAACAACCCAGCUCAGAUCCUCAAUGUGCUGCUGACACCGACGGAGCCCCCGCAUCCGCCUUGGAUUGAUGUCAAACAAGACUCCUGGUGGUUUGCUCUAGGCCUGACUCUCGACGCCUGUGAUAUCAUGGACAUCACUGCGAUGGUCAUGGUCUCUUUCAAAGAUCCCGCAGUUGUCUUCAACUUCCUUGGCGACGCUGUCGUUCAGCUACCUUCGAAGGAUGGUCCCCCUGAGGAAUCCUUGCUCUAUGUCCAGAUGAACAUCGUGGCAGAGAUGAACGUGGUGUGGCAAGUAAACCAGAUACAAGGUGUUCCCUUACCCGUACCCGUCCCUACAGGUUUCUUCAGAGUCGAAGCAGCCCUCGCUCCAACUUCUUUCGUCCUUGUUCCUUUCUGUCAUUUAUCCGGCGGAUACGCAGCGCGCUUCUGGUUCGGUAUUCCCAAUGUCACAGACCAUGUCGGGGAUUUCGUAUUUUCUAUGGGUGGUUAUCAUCCGAUAUUCCAGGUGCCUACCUGGUAUCCGACGGUUCAGAGGCUCGGUAUAUCUAUGACAGUCGGGGACUGCAUAAACAUUACCGGAGAGGCGUACUUCGCCAUAACCCCCAAGGUCGCCAUGUUAGGGGCGAUGCUUCAUGCGUCAUUAGAUGUCGGCCCUGUCAGCGCCUAUUUUGAUGCCUUAUUCGACGCCAUGAUCAAUUUCUACCCCGUUCACUACCGUGCAGAUAUAAGCAUCUCAGUGGGUGUGAAGUUCCAAUUGGACUUCCUCUUCGUGCACAUACAUGUGUCAUGUCAUGUGGGAGCUGGCCUUCAUAUUGAAGGUCCCGACUUCGGCGGAAAAGCGCACGUGGAUUUCUAUCUCUUUGGCUUCGAUAUUUAUUUUGGCAAGCAGAACGACAUACCAAAGCCACUCUCGCUUGCAGACUUCUACCUUGUCGUACACAAGCCAGACCGCACUGGACCAAACCUAUCUAGCCAGAGUAUUAGUCGCCAGAUCGAUCCAGAGAUGUGCAAUUUGGUCUUUGCGCUAGAAGAUGGUGCAUUCAUUAUACCUGUUCAUGACCUACCAAAGCCCACUCCAAGUACGGCCGAUCCACCAGCCCCGAACACAGGCGCAAGCUCGGUCUGGAAUGUCAAAGGUGGCACUUUCCAGUUUCGCGUCUCGACGGAAAUCCCCAUUUCUCAGGCUUUCGUUUUGACUCCGAGUCCCCCAGAUCCCGCAUUACCUAUGGUCACAGAAGGCACUCCCAAUGCGAGAGUGGUGAGUACACCUGCUUCAGACCCUCUAAACAUGCCUCCAACCCCCAAACCAAAGGCAGCAGAACCUUCCAGGCUCCCAGUAGAGCCGAUAAUCCCGUUAAAUCCAGUCUACGCCAAACCAAUGCAACUCUACACUGGGCCUUCGAAGACCCAAGCGGCCAAAUCCUACUCCCUUACGUCUGAGCUUACCUUCUGCAUCAAAGACGCCCGUGGUAAGUUAGUCGACAACCUACAAAUCUCCUACAUCCGCAAAUCAAUGCCCACUUCCAUCUGGGGUGCAUAUAAUCCGCUUAAAGAUCCAAACCUGGUGUCUGCUGAAGAUGCCACGGACGGACUAGACAACACAGUCGACCUGGCAAUGGCAGUGAGCAUUCACUCUCCUCCGCCGAUGUUGAGCAAGAGCCCAAUCCCGGCAUUCAACGCAACAGCAGCGAGCCGAUUGCAGAUUCCGCGCACGACUGUGACGGAGCCAGAUGGAGCAACUGUCGGUCUGCCUUGGCAGAUCCCGACCCCGGACCCGGUGCAGAGCGAGGGUUUGCCGACCGAGGAUUUGGAGGCGGACAAGCCGGCUGUGAAGCGAUGGGCGGACGUGCAAGAUACGUGGAAUGGUUCAUAUAAGAGUAAUCUUGUGGGAGAUGGAACGGACGAGGGAAUACUGGCAAUUUUCGCGAACCAACUCGGCUGGGAUCAGGCUGAUGUCGGGCCUGUUGCUUCUACGCCUACCGCGUCGUCUGUAGGACAACGGAAGCCCUGGCAACUUGUUGGCGGAGUACCAGAGGUGGUUGUGGGGGAUGGUAAGGAUCGUGCGAAAGGACUGGCAGAAUAUUACCUCGCAUUGCCGCGGCUCAGUGAUGGGGUGGGAAUAUGA